GGUAUAAAUAGCACAUGCAAGAAUUAUAUUAUUUCAUAUGAUCUAGACAGAUAAAAAGAAAAUAAUUUGUAAAAAAAAUUAGUUCAGACCAUUCAUCAUAAAAAUGCUUAGAUUACUAAAUCAUUCUCUUAAAUCUCGCCUCAUCACUAGCGGCCACUUUUACAAUUCAACGAGCUACUUCUGUUCAGAUUCAGAUCCGAAAAAGCCAAUGCCAUUGUUUACCGAUAUUGAAGCUAAAAAAAUUAUUGACAAACUUAAACAUUCGAAAAAGGGGAUGGUUACGCCAUUGCUUCCCCUUGUGGUUAUGAAUAUAGGAUUGAUAUCCAAACUAAUAGCUAUAUCAACAAAGGUAGUUAAAGGUAAAAAAAAUGAACAAGAUCCUGACGAAAUAGCGAGGGAGAUUGUUAAUGCAGCUGCUGGUUCUAUUCCUGUUGUAGAAAAUAUUGUUAAUGAAUUUUUAGAAGAGAAAAUUUCUGAGAAUAUGGAAGAUGAAUCUGAGGAAAAAGGAGAGGGUGAGAAUAAAGGAGUGUCAAGUAUAGAAGAGGGUCUAAAGGAUACAGAGCCGCAAAAGCGAAUGGCAUCGUUGAUGGAUAUUGAAGCUAAUGAAAUUAUAUCAAAACUUCAAGAAAUGUCAAAUACAAACGAUAGUCUAACGCCUAACGGUCCGAAAAAGCGAAUUUUCUUGACGUUAAUUGGCAUAGCGGUUAAUAUUGUAAGCAUAAUAGUAACUAUAGUAGCUAUGUCAAACAACCCAAGUAGACGUCAAGAAAUUCAACCUAACGAAAUUACGAAGAACGUUAUUGCUGCAGCUGCUUCUUCUUUUCCUAUUGUAGGAGGUAAUCAAAAAGCAGUUUUAGGAAAGAAAAGGUCUCAGGAGAAUAUGCAACAGGAAUCUGAGGAAAAAUGAGAGUAAGGAGAAAAAAGAAUCCAAUGAAAAAGAUUGAGGAGCAGAGGGAACAAGCUGUGGAAAUGUUUUAAUAAAGGUUGAUACUUUUAUUAAUUCAA